UGGAUUCAGUCUCUGACUAGCGCCGGCCGAAGCGGCAACAAAAAUACCAAAAGCGGAGGGUUCCGCAGUCGCAGUAGCACUCGAAGUCCGCCCGAAUAUAUUAUCCGCAGCAAACAUUUUCGAAUAUUUGCGGAGCAUUUUCAUUAUCCAUCGAUCGAUCUACGCAACCAUCCAUCGCAGCGUGUUCGCGUUUUCGCGUCUUCUUCCGGUUUUCUCGCAUUUUGUGAAAAUUGUGUACUGUCCGCGAAGCUAUCGAAACGGAUGAAGGAAACAAAUGCUCCAUUUGGAGUAAAAGCCAAUAGAAAAUAUUGAAAAAAUAUCGGAGUGUUGUGUCUGUUUCAAAAAUGAGAAAAUUGAAAGAUUGCAAGAAAAUUUUGAAUUGUUGCUGCAAUAAAUAAGUUCUUGCAAAUUGUUUAAAGUGUGCAAAGUGCAAGAAAAACCAACAACCCAACGCGUUAAAAAUAAAGCAUCGUAAAACUCACACAACAACAACAAAAAACUUAAGCGAAAUAAACAUAAAAAAGGCAGGAAGCGAUGUGUAUUGCUUCUGACAUGACACGAAAGUCGUUGAAGAUGAUAAGAUGCAUUAUCAGCGGGGAAGACGAAGAUGAAGAUCCGCAAUUGAAAAGUGUUAAACGCGUUCACGAUAUGAUAACCUAAGUUCCAAUUGAAAAAAUCAUUCAAAACAGAAGAGAGAGAGACGCGACUCGACUCCAAAAUAAACUCUACGAAAAAAAACAUAAAAAACAACGAAACCAAAACGAAAGUAAAAAGGCAGCCAGGAAAACGGAAAAAAAAGAGAUUUUUUUAAAAGCAAAGGGGCGUACGUACGUUUCUUAUGUUUCAAGGGCGUGGCGCCCAAACAACAAACUAUAAACAACCACGCAGAGAGAGCGAGAGAGAGGGGAGGAGCGAGGUGAACAAAUUUCAUAUAAACAUUGAGCGGAGAAGGGCAGAGAGCAGAGCGGGGAGCGAAAACUCUUGUGAAAUUCCCUCAAGUUGUGAUCUUUGAUGCGAAUAAACCUGCGCUUGGACUGGAGGGCCCUGGCGCUGCUGGGCGCCCUCCUUUCGUGUCUCAUUGCCUGGCAGGGCUGUUUGGUAUUUGCAAUGCCAAUGUCUAUAACAACGAUAUCGAACCAACAAAUAAACAACAACACAAACAACACGAAAAAUACGAACAACAGCCAUUCAAAUAGUACUCGGUUUAGUAAUAGUAAUUAUCUAAAAAGUGAUCAUAGUCGUAGUCAAUUAGUGAGUGUAAAUCAAACAAAUCAAACAACAAAUCAAAGUAUUAAUGCUGAAUUUAAUCAGAGUUUAAACAUGCAAACAACUGCCAUACAAACAACAGAAGAAACAACAACAACAACAACAACAGAAGGAGAACUAGAGUCCACAUCACAAUCCUAUGAGCAGGAGCAAAAGCAGCAGGACGAUGAUGAUGAUCAGCAGCUGGAGCAGCCUGGGCUGGGUUUUGUCAUCUCUGCGGCAGCAAGUGCCAGCGAACAUUUGGCGGUGCUUUCACGCACCGAAAGAAGCAUCAGACAUCAGCAGAGGAAACAUCAUCAUCCGGAGCAGCAUCACCGUCUGCAGCAACAGCAGAAAUCCCAACAGUCCCCAUCAACGGCUGAUAAUAAUAAUUUCAUUGGUUCGAAAUCGAAAAGACUGAAUAACUCUAGAAAUAACCUAAACAUAAAUAGCAGUAACAGUAACAGUAACAGUAACGGUAACAAUAGUCCCAUCAACAAUUUGGAUCGCAAUGAACGCUCCACUGUGCCACAAUCGCAUCUUGCAUGGACUUCACGCAAGAUUCAGUUGUACAUCAAAAAUCGCAUACUCCAGCUGCUGCGCGACGGCACUGUCAAUGGCACACAGGAUGAACAGAGUGAAUACACGAUUCUCCAGCGCUCCACUGUGGAUGUGGGACGCAUUAAGCUGCAGAGUGUGGCCACAUGCCUGUACCUGUGCAUGGAUGCCUGUGGCUCUGUCUAUGGCUCGCUCUCCGAUUUGUUGCAGAAAGACUUUACCGACGACUGUGUCUUCAACGAGAACAUGGGCCUGCAGAACUACAACACGUACUCCUCCACCUACAACUCGAAUCCCCGCAGGGUUUACUAUUUGGCCCUGAAUCGGCAUGGCGAGCCGCGCCGGACACAGAUUCCGGCCAGCCGUUCUUUGGGGAAGCUGACCACCUACACGAAUGCCAUCACGGAGACGGUGCCGCAGGAACGUGUGGAGCAGUUGAUAGCCAAGAAUUUUGGGGCAAAUCGCAUCAAGCAUGGCGUACGGCAACUCUGUGAUACUGGCAAGCCGCUGAUUGAACUGAUUGAUGCGGCAAACUUUAAGAAGCCACCAGAGUGUAGUAGUAGUAGUGGCAGUAGCAGUAAUGGAAGUAGCACGAGUGGCAGUGGAAGCAGUGCGAGUGCUGCUACUACUGCUGGUAAUAAUGGAAGUAGCAUUACAGUUCCUGUGCCUGCGGCUAGUGCCGGCAGCCUGAUUAGUAUUAGUAACAGUAGUCAAAGCGAGAGCGGCCAUAUUAGCAGUAGCAUUAGUACUAGCACUAGUAAUAGUACUAGCAAUAGUAGUAGCAGUAGCAAUAUCAAUAGCAGUAGUCCCUUGCAUCCUCCUCCUGCGCAUCUGCAUCCGAAGCAGAGCAAAAAGAAGAAACUGCGCAAAUGCAAACUCCACGAAAGCGAGGAGCUUCACAAUUGCCAAAAGCGACCCGCGGGCGGUGCUGGCGCUGGCGCUGGAGCUCUGAGAAAGCGCGGUCCCAAGGCCCAGCGUUGCAAGGAGCUGCGGGACAAGGCGGCGGCAGAGGGUGGUCCGCCACCCAACUGUGGCAAGAAGAAUGGUGCAAAAAAGAGUGGAGCUGAAGCAUCCUUGUCCCUGCCCCAGCCCAAGGCCGUCCAUCAGCGGCCACGCACGUCCAAUGGCCAGGCAGCGGGCGGCAAAAAGAAGCCGCCAAAGGGCGGCAAGCAGCGUGCGAUGAGUGCCAAGAAGCAGCAGGCCAGGGGCGCAGCAUUGAAUAGUGGCAAGCAGCGCAAGCAACGUCCCAGCACCACCACGACGAUGGCCACCAGCCUGGUUACUCCCUCGGACAUCCACUGGGAGAGCAGCUCGCCGCUGCCGUCAAUGGCGCUGAGCGAAACCAGCGAUCGCGUGGAACGAAAUGUCCGCAUGAGCAGCAUGGAGGAGGAGCUCGACGAGGACGAGGGAUCCCUGGAAGAUGCCAGCUACGAGGACGCCACAUCCGAGGCGCAUGCGCGCAGUGGCAGCGCCGCCGCAGCCAGCGAUGAUUCGCUGUACUACGAUUUCGGACCAUUGUCCCCCCAGCGAUGAUCCCCAGACACACACACAUGAUGAAUAUCAAAAUGUAUUACGACGGAGUCUCGAGUAUUUUAUAAGAACGUCCCAAAACAUUGGAUUAGAAUUACCAUCGAAAUGUAUGAUUCAAAUUUGACGCCAAUCCGACAACCACACAGAACAGAUAUGUAUUGCAUAUGUACACACAUAUGUAUAAUCGCAGGCCAUAACACUAGUUCUAAUAAAAAAAUGUCUAUUGAAAAACUUGAGUCUCUUGAAGAACGACGAAAAAAUACUCAAAAAUACGACCACAUUGGCCACAACGAUAAAUUGCAAAGAGUGCGCCUUAAAACCAUUUUAAUCGUUUGUAAUCGAUGUUAUCGAAGCGCAGAACAUUUCGAAUAUAUUGAGGAGAACCUUCUUGUACAUAGAAACACACACGGUUUUAUACCUUAAGUUUUAGUAAGAGAAAAACGAUUAAACAGAAAAACUCACAAAUCACAUGAAAUGUAUUUUUAUUUAUAAACAUUUUAAGCAGAACAAACUAACUAAUAUGUAUGUAAUUUAUAUUUAUUUUCGAAUCGAUCGAUCGGCCAGAGAUAAGCGCGAAAUUAUAGUCCGUAGUUCUCUGUAUAAUUGAGUUAUUUAUUUAUUUGCAAAUACUAUUUAUUUAUAGACUACUAGAUUAAGUUUCCUUAGCACUAACAGAUCUUUGUUAUACGUUUCCAUCUAAGUGAGUAGAACGAGAAAAGAGCAUGAGAAAGCAAAGCAAUGCAAAAAAGAUAACUAAACAAAAUAAAAU